AUGCUGGAGCAAGACCAAAACCAGCAAAAUAUCCCUGAAAAAGUAAAUAAUAUUGAAAGACCAGUUUUAGCUGAAAAGCCUCCUAUUCAGAAAAAAGCUGAAGUAAGCAUAAAAAAGCAACAAGAAGGACUGCUAAAUAAAUUAGGGAUAUCAAAUAGUAUCCUAGGACACAAAAUAGCAAAGGAGAAGAAGAGUCUUCCAUUGAUACUUCCUAUGAGCAUUAAUGCAUGUGAGCUAUCUAAUGAGUAA